UGUGAAUUUCUUGCUGUCUAUUUUCUACAUGUCUACUCACUUUCUCGCGUGGGUCUUCAUGUAGGAUCUCUCUUCUUUUUCAUUUUGAGUGUGGGGGCGGGGCAGGGGCUCCCUCUUCCGGGGCCCUCUGGCCCAGCAAGCUCGUCCUCGUGGAGGGAGGAUUCCUUCGGGUUACAGGUUCUCUUGGAAUCUUUUGAUGAAAAAGGAACCGAGGAAUCAUCAGUGAAUCAGCCCCCCGCUAAUCCAGUCGCUUCCCCGGAGGAGGCAGCUAGUCCCCCGCACGUGGUCCCCUAUCCGUAUCAACCGGAUGAAGUGAUAGGGCAUAGGGGGUCUGUUCUUUCUAUCCAGCGGAGGCUCUUAGCCAAAGACCCCUCUCCUUCUACCGAGGUCAUACAACAGGCCCGAAUUCAAGCCGAAGACCUAUUCGAGGUCAAGGUCGAGAUUUUCAGGGUCAUGUCUGGCCUUGAUCCAGAAGGAGAUUGGCUAGGACGAGGAGCCCGGGCCCUCGAAAAUUCCCACACCUCCACGAGAGAGGAGUCCUUGGAGAAA